GCUCUGCUCUGCCACUGGACACUGAGGGUGCUCCACCUCAUCAUCCCACACUCAAACAGGUGGCCUGGCAGCAGAUUAGCAGCAUUACUGGGGUUGCUGAACAGAAAACCAAAGUGCCAGACUCUGCCAAGCCCAGCCCCACUCUGCACCCUGCCAACCCCAGCCUGACCCUGUCCCUGUCCGCGGCUAGCAGCAGUGGCAAUGGCAAGCGUGCCCCCUCCAGCGCCCAGCAGCAGCAGCAGCAGCAGCCAACGCCUGGACCACGCUACCCGCCCCGUGAGGUGCCCCCACGUUUCCGGCAGCAGGAGCACAAGCAGCUUUUGAAGAGGGGCCAGCCAUUGCCCGCAGGCACCCUGCCGCUCACCUCCUCCUCUGCCCCCACGCAGCUUGGGACCAGCUCCCCUCCUCAAACCCCGACAAGCAAAAGGCAUACAGAGCUGUCCCAUCAGAGUGGCUUGGGAGCCCAGUAUGAGAAUCCCCACUGGGGUCUUUCUAACAACAACAACAGCAGCAGUAGCACUGGCUGGGAUCAAGUGAUUAUUGACGAGAACGACAGCGAAGCCUGGCCCUCCAUUUCUGUCGGCAAUAGCCACGUGCCCCCAGAAUGCCCCGCGGACGCUGACCGCUCCACAGACGUCAUCAGCAGUAGCAGUAUGAGUAUGGCCACAGGAGCUGGACAGCCAGCCCACUACCCAAUCAACAAGAACGGCGCCAACCACUCCGGAACUAUGGUCUCCAGCCAAGGCGGCCCCAGCAGGGGAUGGGGCUCUGAUGGCAAGGCCGACGGCUUGACCAUGGGAGGGAGGGGCCAGCCCAACUGGAGCUCCCCCAACCUCAAUCUGAACCCCAACGCCAACCCUUCCGCCUGGCCCAUGCUUGGACAGGAGGGGCCCAAUGUGGGGGGUGGCGGCGGCAGUGGCAGUAUGGGGGGUUCAAACUCUCUUCCCCCAAAUAUGUGCGGCCCAGGAGGCGCUCCUCCAGUGCACGGCGCUAAUGGCAGCAUGGGGAACGCCAAUGGAAAUCAGAUCGGGGACAGCGGCACCGGGGCCUGGGGGAACCCCGACGCACCCGAGCAGCGCCAGUCCCCAGUGGCGAAUGUGUCUUUUAGCAUGGAACCUCCAAACCUUAACACUGAUGGACCAAACCACACUAAACAGGAUCCCAUGAGCCCCGUCCACGGCUGGGGCGGCCAGUCGCCCACCGAGACCUCUCAGGUCAACGGAGACGGCAGCUCCAUGUGGGGCGGCGGUGGAGAUUCCAAGGCUGCUGAGCCCAAGGAGUCUGGCUGGGACUCUGGCAGCGGUGCUUCCUGGGGACACAGAGGCAACGGUGGGAACGGAGGAGGCAGCGGCACAGGGACCUGGGGGGGGGACUGGGAGAAGCAGCCCAGUCGAGAAGCCAGUGGAUGGAACUCCACUGAAGCACCUCCUCCACAGGACCAGCAGAACUCCUGGACCACUGCUGCUCCUGUCAGCGAGGGCAGCGGAGGUAGCGGUGAGGGUCACUCACGGCACAGGGAGAGGUCCUCCAGCACGGAGAACAUCCCCCUCCUGCCCCGCCAGGACCUGGACCCGCGUGUGCUCAGUAACACUGGCUGGGGGCAAACCCCAGUCCGCCAACACACUGUUUGGGAGAUGGAGGAGAUCUCCGACCACAAGUCUGAAAGUGGAACUGAAUCUUGGGGAUCCUCUUCCAGCGCCGCACCUGCAGGCCCCCCACCAAUGCCUGCUGGCGGUGCCAACCUCGGUGGGGCUCCGAGGCCCAAUUCCGGGGGCAAGAAUGAGCCUGCAGGCCCAGUGGGCACAGCCUCUGGAUGGGGAGGCGCACCCCCACCUCCCAAACAGUCAGCCACUGGAUGGGGAGAGCCUCCAGCUAACAAAAAGGUGUCCAAUGGGACAAUGGGUGGAUGGGGUGAGCCUGUUCCAAGCGGCCCCAACACCAACGGCCCCAAGAGUGGCCAGUCCUGGGGCUCUGGAGAGAAGUCCCCCAGCUGGGAGGACAGCCCUGCACAGUCCAAGCAGCAGGGCUGGAGUGAAGGGCCUAAACCGUCCCAAGGCUGGGGCAACGGUGGCGGUGGCAAUGGUGGCGGCCACAACGGUGGCGGUGGCAAUGGUGGCGGAGGCCACAACGGUGGCAACGGUGGCAAUGGUGGCGGUCACAACGGUGGCGGUCACAACGGUGGCGGAGGCCACAACAGUGGCAACGGCGGCAAUGGUGGCGGUCACAACGGUGGCGGAGGCCACAACAGUGGCAACGGCGGCAAUGGUGGUGGCCACAACGGUGGCGGAGGCCACAACAGUGGCAACGGCGGCAAUGGUGGCGGAGGCCACAACGGUGGCGGUCACAACGGUGGCGGAGGCCACAACGGAGGCAACGGUGGCGGAGGCCACAUCGGUGGCGGCCACAACGGUGGCAACGGGGGCGGCCACAACGGUGGCGGCGGUCACAACGGUGGCAACGGUGGCGGCGGUCACAAUGGUGGAGGCCGCAACGGUGGUGGCCACAACGGUAACGGUGGCAACGGCAACAGCGGGGGCAGCAGUGGCAAUGGUGGAGAGUGGGGCGACUCCUCAGAGGUGAAGAAAAAUGGCACUGGAAACCCCCACUGGGAGGCCGAGGGAGGUAACUGGAAGGAAGGUUCCCGCAAUUGGGUCAAACCAGCUCCGAGUGUUGGAGGCAACUGGGGCGAUGCCCCACGCACCAAUGGCCCAGGGCAGGGAUGGGGUGGCAAACCCCAAGAAGGCCCCAGUGGCAACAGUGGCAACAGUGGCAACAGUGGCAACAGUGGAACAGCAACAAUGGGCUCCUGGGGAGGUCCCAACUCUGUGAAGCAGGCGAGCUCAGGAUGGGGCUCAGGGGGCCGCCCAGACAGCGACUCCACCGGCUGGGAGGAGCCCUCUCCACCCUCCAUCCGCCGCAAGAUGGAGAUCGACGACGGCACCUCUACCUGGGGGGACCCUGGCACAGGCAGCAAGGCCGUCAACCUGUGGGACAAGAACAACCCCACAGGGCAGGGCAGCUCGGGACCUGGUAACAACGGCGGAGGCGGUAACAACGUCGGAGGCGGUAACAACGGCGGAGGCAGCAACAACCACUCAGCACCCACCAACAACAAUCACCACCACCACCACCACCACAAUCCGCAUCACAGCCAAGCACCCAUGCAGAAUCAUUCCAAUGGCGGCAACAACAAUGGCUCACCCAGUCAGCCUGGACCACCCCAGAACAGACCUUCCCUUGCGGCUCCAGGCUGGGGAGAUCUGCCCAACGUUCAGGCCCAGUCCAAGCCCGAGCCCUCUACUUGGGGCGAACAAGCCCCCAAAACCCAAUCGGUGGACAACGGCACGGCAGCCUGGGGCAAGCCUCAAAGAGGCUGUGGAACUUGGGCGGAUGGAGGAGGGCACGAGCCUGUCGGACCCUAUGGCAGGGGCAACGCACCACCAGGAUCUGCCCCCUGCAAGCAAGCCCCCAAAUCUAUGCAAGACAACUGGGGGUCUGGAGGGGAGGACAUGGGCAUGUCAGGCGGGCAGUGGGAGGCUGAUGACGGGGACAUGUGGAACAGCCCCACCUCCCAGGAGAGCAACUCUUCCGGUAACUCCUGGGGCAACCAGGGCAAGAGAGUUCCACUGAAGGGGAAGAUGCCCAACAAGCCGGAUGAUACCUGGAUCAUGAAUCGCCUGAUCAAACAGCUCACAGACAUGGGCUUCCCGAGGGACCCUGCCGAGGAGGCUCUGAAGAGCAACAACAUGAAUCUGGAUCAAGCCAUGAGCGCUUUGCUGGAGAAGAAGAGCGAACUGGACAAGCGGGGGAUGUGCAUGUCUGACUACGGCGGCAUGAACAAGCCCAUGGUGUGCCGUCCCCAGGCCCUCUCCAAAGACUCCUCCUCGGAUCGGGCCCCCUUCCUGGACAAGGACGGCGGGCUGUCGGAUGACACACCGACCUCACCGUUUAUGCCUUCUCCCGGCCUGAAGCUCCCCAUGGCCAACAGCAGCCACCCUGGCCACGGUCUGGUGGGGGUCUCCUCGGGGCUGGCCAUGCAAAACUUGAACAACAGACAGAUGCAGAAUGGAAUGUUCGGCAGUAGCGGAGCAGCACAAGCCCGGGCCCUGCAGCAGCCGCCGCAGGCUCCGCCCCCUCAGCCGUCAGUGCCGCCUCUCAGCUCCUCCCAGCCUAGUCUACGCACUCAAGUGCCUCAGUUUCUCUCCCCUCAGGUCCAAGCACAGCUCUUGCAGUUUGCAGCAAAAAACAUUGGCCUGAACCCUGCACUUUUAACCUCACCAAUAAACCCUCAACAAAUGACCCUGUUGUACCAACUCCAGCAACUGCAAAUGGCGUACCAGCGUUUACAAAUCCAGCAGCAGAUGAUGCAGGCUCAGCGCAGUGUCUCCGGCCCCAUCAGACAACAAGAGCAGCAAGUUGCACGUACAAUCAAUAACAUGCAGCAGCAGAUCCAACAGCACCAGCGUCAGCUGGCCCAGGCCCUGCUGAUGAAGCAGCAGCCUCCUCCUCCUCACUCCGGCCUGCACCCAUCCGCCGGCAAAUCAGCCCUGGACUCCUUCCCAGGCCACCCCCAGGCCUCAGGCCUCAACGACCUGCAGACCAAAGAGCCGCAGUCUUCUCCCAACUCUUACAGCACCUACCCGCUCUCUGGCCUGAACCCCAGUAUGAAUGUAAACUGCAUGGAUGUGGGUGGGGGGAUGAGCAUGAAGGAGCCGCCCCAGCCCCAGUCCCGCCUCUCCCAGUGGACUCACCCCAACUCCAUGGACAGUCACAUGGAGUCCAGCCUGAACAAACAUGGUGGUAUUCCUCCAGCUCCCAACCACGGCCCCACCGGGAAAACCCCCAUGGAUGACUCCUACAGCCCCUACGGUCUGAUGUCCACCUCGGAGUCUCCAACCAGCCCUCUGGUGCCCCCUGAUAGCUGGUCCCAGCAGCGCAAGAGUCCCACUGAGAAGAUCUCCAAUGGCAACAACAUCAGCUGGCCACCAGAGUUCUGCCCUGGGGUGCCUUGGAAGGGCCUGCAGAAUAUCGACCCCGAGAACGACCCCAACAUGACCCCAGGAAGUGUCCCCAGCGGCCCCACCAUCAACACCAACAUCCAGGACGUCCAUCGCUACCUCCAGCGGGACCGCAGUGGAGGUAAACUCCUGGACAUGAAGUCCACCUGGUCCGCCGGCCCCAUCGCCCACCCCCAGGCCUCGCUGUCCCACGAGCUCUGGAAGGUUCCUUCCCAGGCCCGCAACAACAUCGCCCCAUCCAGGCCCCCUCCCGGCCUCACCAACUCCAAGCCCUCGACCACGUGGGGAGGCCACAGCCACAGCUUGGGGUGGAAUAGCUCCUCCUACGCAGAGGGCACAACCUGGAGCACCGACACCUCCAGCAGGACUAGCAGUUGGUUGGUCCUGAGGAACUUAACGCCUCAGAUCGAUGGCUCCACCCUGCGCACCCUGUGCAUGCAGCACGGCCCCCUCAUGACAUUCCACCUGAACCUGACGCAGGGCAACGCCGUGGUGCGCUACAGCUCCAAGGAGGAGACCGCCAAAGCCCAGAAGUCCCUGCACAUGUGCGUGCUGGGAAACACCACCAUCCUGGCUGAGUUCGCCGGCGAGGAGGAGGUCAACCGCUUCUUUGCACAAGGUCAGUCCCUGACGCCCGCCUCCAGCUGGCAGGCCAACACGGGAACCAAUCAGACGCGGAUGGGCGGGUCGGCCGCCUCCCACGGCCACUGGAGCAACAGUAACAACAGCAGCGGCGGCGGCGGCGGUGGAGUCGGCAGCGGCGGCGGCAAGGCUCCCGGCAGCGGCGGAGGCGACAUGCUAUGGGGAGGUGUGCAGCAUCAUUACUCCAGCCUGUGGGGGCCGCCCAGCGGGGACGACGCCCGCGUCAUCGGCAGCCCCAUCCCAAUCAACACCCUGCUGCCCGGAGACCUGCUGAGCGGAGAGUCCAUGUAGGGAGGAGGCGCCCGGCCGCCACCGCUGCUGCUGCUGCUGCUGCUGCUGCGCUGGACACAAGAGAUGCUAAGUAAACAAACUUUUGAGAUUUCAACAACAAAACAAAUAAAAACAAGAAAGACUUAUCUCAAACAAACCAACAAAAACAUGAAACAUGGAGCAAAAACCAAGCAAAUCAAUGUGGCGAUAAUCAGUUAUCUGUGGAGCUGUGAACCCUGAGGGCUGGGCUAACAUGAGGCUGCUGACCCUUCUCCCUCUCCUGAGUUUUUAUUUAUGUUCGCUCCGGCAUCCGAGGAGCGAGGACGCCCCUCCGAUUCUGUGCAUUGUGGACGGACUCACGAAGAGGGGAGAAUCAAUAUUAAACAUGAGCCUUGGAAGUUUCUCGGUGUAGUUUUUGAAAAAAAUAAAGUAUUUGAAUUUUUCGACAUUCAGUACAAAUGUUCCUAGUUAUUAUCUUUUUUUUUGUCUUUUUGCCCGUUGUUUUUUGUCAGGAGAAGCAAUCUUAAGAGGCAUCCCCAAACCACACCUCAGAAACUCUGAAAACACCUCAUGAAUCCCUUUUUCCCCCCAAAAAAGGACAGACUUCCUAACUGCCCUGUGGCCUAGGAGAAAAAAAAGGCUCUUGAAGUUUUAUCCAUCGUGUUAUUUUUCUCGUACUAUUUUGUUCACUGAACUGAUAUUAGCCUUAAGUGCUCUCCAGGUCUCCUUUUUCAAGCAUUUUGUUUUGAAACAAAUACUAACUAAAGAAACCUUUUGAAAACUUGCACAGUCCCAUACCUGAGCCAGCGGUUUGGACCAGAACACGUGUGAAGAACAACGCCAGCUCAGCUGUGGGCAUCCUGUGAGCAAGACCAAUCACCCCCCCAUUUUUUUUUAGUGCUUUCGAUUUCUUUGACAGACUGUCCCGCGACAGAAAGGGAUCUACACUGCGACAUGUUUUGGCGUAACCUGGCUGGUGUUUAGUUCAAUUGUGUAUGUAUUGCAACAUAAGCUGAGAGCAAAUUGCACGUCAACCGAACCUGAGUGUGGACCGUGUGAGUAAAGUGUUGAGUAAGCGUCUUCAGGCACCUGACCUUUUUGUGGCCAUGCACCACUGUUUGAAGAAGAAGAAAAAAAGGUCGUUCCUCAUACUAUACCGCGCCUAACAGUUGUCGACGGACCCAAUCAAACCCCAUGCAUUCAUGUAUCCUUGUCCUCCGUGUCAUAUGGUCCAUCAAGGAAAGGAGACAACAACAAAAAAAGCAAACAACACAACCACCUUCAAGUGAUGCAUUGUGCAAUAUCUGCCACUGACUCUUCCGUCCUCACUGAAGCGAAACCAAGCGGAGCUUCUUCUUUCCCUGAUUGAUUCGUUUGAGCUGCUCUUUCCGUCUGAACAGCAGGACAUAUUUGUUUGUUUUUUGUUUUGUGUUUUUUUUGGAGAACUACAGAAACCUUAUGAACUUCAUUUCCCAACCCAAGCCUGUGACCCCCCCCCCCCCCCCUGCAACUGUUGGGUGUUGCAGAGAUCGCCGGGGAGAGGAAGAGACUUGUCAUAAGCCUGUGUGUUGUGGUGUGCUGGGGGAGGCUGGACUGGCUAAAAGGAAAAAGGAAACAGAGGCUUUCCCCCAUCGCACACAACCUCCCUCCCUCCCUCGUCCAUCCCCGCCCAAACAGAGACUGUCCCCACAGCCAACAAGGGUCUAGUGGUUUGGACAACUGGCACAAUACCAAAUAAGAGGGGUUUCUCCCAAUGCAGUAGGGUAAAGAGUGUUCCUUGCAUUUGGUACAAACAUGAGACUACAGUACAAAAAAAAAAAAAAAAACUAUUAAGGGGAUUUAUCAUAGCACUUAUGAAGAGAAGUUAGCUCCGCCUGCGAUGCCAAUAAAUCAGACAAGGGAGCCACAACGUUGGAAGAGUUACUGAAAAGAAGAAAAAAAACACACAAAAAAAAACAGAAAACAAAGAAAAAAAACUCAAUGGCAACUCCUAGCUCUUUUUUUGUACUGUAUCUGUAUUUAAAACAAAUACUUUUUGUUUUUUGCUGGCCCUCUUCGGUCCAGGGACUCUGACAAACAAAAAAAAAAAGGAAAAAGAUGACAUGAACUGGUGUCAGGAUGAAGGGAAAAACAAGACUGAAUCUUACAAUCAGACAAAACAAACUUAAAAAAAAACCUGCAGUGUGUUUUUGUUUCAGUUCUAAGCUGUUUUGUUUCUCAUUGACUAUAUAUCAAAAAGUGAAUGUCACUGUUACUCCAAAAUGGUCUUUCUUAGCCUUUGGAUUAUUGUAUCUGGAGGAAGCGCUACACAUGCAAUGUUACCUGGAUACAGUGGUGGUGAUGGGGGAGGGGGGGAGUGGUGAUGCGAGGGGUUUAUGGGGGGGGGGGGGGGGGGGGGGGUAGGGUCGUCACGUCGACCUGGCCGCCUGUCUGCCCACUGAGUGCCUCUCUGCUGUGGACACUGAGCGAGCGCAAGGCCGUCUGACAUUCCACAGCAGCACCUCUUCCCAGGCAGCCGGCAGCAAGCAACCCCGAGCCCAGCCUGGUCCCCCCCCAGGCCCAUCAGCCCCCCUCUCUCUCUUUCUCUCUCUUUUCUUCCUCUUUCUCUCCGUACAGAACCACUGCGCAGGCGCUCCCCUCUUCUCUCUCUGUGUUCUUCUCCCCUCUCCCACCUCUUUACUGUCUCACAUGACGAUCACUUUAGCUGGAAGUUGAGACGGUCCGAUCUCUGGAAAUGCCAGUUUCUGUGUGUUAAGUUUUGUUUUGCUUUGUUCUGUUUUUUUUUUGUUUUUUUUUUUGUUUUCAAUGUGCAUUUGCUUUCACAUGAUUUUAUUAUUGUGUCCAUGCAGUGGUCUUUUUUAAAGGUAACUGCCUACAAUUACCUUCAAUGCUCAUAUGCAGAAACUCUCUUUAGAAGAGGUGCCUCUGUCUGUCUGCCCUGUGUAAUGAAUGCACAAUGCGGAUCAAUAUUACGGGCCAUAUUUGAUUGUUCCUUUCUUUUGAACCUUAAAUGGUCAUGCUUUUUUUUUUUUUAGCUGUGUUUUCAUAAAAUUUUUAGUAGUAUCUGAUGAUUGUCAAGUAGCCUCUCAGACUAAUGUGUCAGAAUGUUAAGUGAGUGAGUGAGGGUGUGUAUGUGUGUGUGUGUGUGUGUGUGUGUUAGACAUCUCCCUGACUCCCCCCGCCUACCCACUCCCUCAUGCAGCUGCUAUCAUCCUCCUCUACGUUUUCCGUUAGCCUUGCUCUUUGCUAGCCCGUGUCCCGCUAGCUCCUGGUCCUCCAAGCCUCACCAACAAGAGAAGACGUCCCUCGUUGUGAAUAGCCUGCUUCGGUCAGUGCCCUUUUCCGUUUGAAGCGACUCUCUUGGAGCCUCCCAGCCAGAGGCACAUAACAGACGCGGGUUUCUGUUUCUGUUUCUAUGCAAAGCCAAGGAGACUCAAGGGGGGCAAGGAGGGCAGGAGGGCGGGGGGGGGGGCGGAGGCGGCGACGGCAGCGUUUCAAUGGCAGCCCUUUACCACAACGUGCCAAUCAUGUCUGUGGAGGCCUCCUCUUGCCUCCAGCACGUGUGCAGCCACUCCUCUCCUCUCUGUUCAUGUCUCACUCGUACCCCCUGCUGCUCCCCCCCCCCCCCCCCCCCUCCCCUGUCGUCCCGCUCUUAGCAUCGGAGGGGGAACCAUGGCGACGUGGUCCCAUGAUGCUCUCUUUCUUGCUCACUCCAAAUCAGGUGUUCCACAGGAAGGAUGUGUCACCGUUUACUCUGCUGAAAAAGAAAAAAAAAAGGAAAAGGAAAAAAAAAAACAACAAAAACAUCUCACAUCAGCUUUGAUCUCAGGGCAGGGCGGGGCAAACAACAGAAAUAUAUUUAGAAGCUAAAGUAUGUUUCUAGACUAAAGGCAUCGCGGGGAAUCUGUUUGGGGCACGGUGUCAUAGAGCUACCAUGUUUAGGAGUGGCAAGUCUUGUCUUGUCUUGUUGCUUGGGUCCUAUUAGAUGUUAUCUCUACAGGGCCUGCUGUAUCUAUCCACAGGAUUGGUGGGAUCUGUUGUCAAUCAAAAGAAAGGGACCCAUUCUUUCCACUCCUUUUGCUGCUGGGCUCACAAGAUGUCCACUUACUUUUCUUUGGUUUUCACUGACUCCACGUGCCAACACAAAGACCUAGAAAACUGAGACGACACCCCCCCCCCCCCCUUUUCCCCCCUUCUCCGCAACCAUUCUGGCUCUAGGCGGAUGGGUAGAAGGAUGCAUCCAAUGUCCUGUCCUGCUGCAAAGCACCUCUGUCACGCCUCUGGGGAGGCAUCAUGUCGGUGGGGAGUCGGGGGACCGACGGCGAGCAACAACCUCAUUCUGAUCAUUCGAGAUAAUCUCUUUUAUUUCCUGUCUUGAGAAAGACCCCAUUUUCAUUGAGCUUGAACUGUCAACUGAGAUGGGGGUGGGGGGGGGAGGGGUUAAAAAUUCUGCUAAGGUGCACAGUUGUUUGGGUAAUCCCUGGUACAUUUUUUGUUUUCUUUUGUUUUUAAAUACCAAAAAUGAAAUUGCAUUUUUUUAUGAAUUUUGACAAAAAAUAGUAAAUGAGUAAAAAAUGUAUAUGUUUAAAAAAAAAAAAAACCUGCACUUCAUACUGAAACGUCUCCUGUCUGUGAACCUGCCUCUCUGUCAACCAGAAGGGGUUCAGACCGGGGGUGCCUUUUUGUGGAUGCUGUAUUUGUCGUAUUCAUUUCUCCUGAAAAACAUUUAAACGAGACGUAAUAGGGCCCAGAGAAUUGUAACAUUUCCAUUCACCACGACUGGUCGGGUCCCGCUGUAUCGACAUUCUCUUCCCUCAGUACUCUGAUGGGAAAGAUACAUUUGAACAGGUACAAUUUUUUUAAGUCUUAACUAUAAGUGGGGUUAAAAGGCCUGCAUCUCAGAAGAAAAGUGUUUUUAAAAGAAAAACAAAAAUCACAAAUGCCUGUGUAUGAAACUGCCUUGUUUGAAACUGUCAUGUCCAGUUUUAACAGUGGACCUCAAAAAUGUCCCCAUUUAGUGUCCGUGUCCCCAAAAGCCAGGACUUAUCUGGUCACCUUACCAGCACUGGGAGAUGAUCCCUGCAGCUUAACUGUGACGUGAAGCGAAGCCGUGCAUCACAGAUGUGUAUGGAUUUCAAUCUAUGAAAUGUUCCCUUUUUAACUCAAAGCUGGAUUGAAUAAACAAUGUAAAAUGAGCAAUAUGUAUUUCUCCCCACAAAUAAAUGUUAUGAGGGAAAGCGUGGGGAAGGGAUUUUACUGAUACUUGAUGGAUCACGUGACUAUAUCGUUCCCCAUCUCAGAGGAAUAUGCACGUGCUGGUUUUUACAUAUACAGUACAUAAUUAGUUUGUGUAUGUGUACAUAUUUCAUUUUUUUUUUUGCCCAGGUCCCCCGUUUUCAUUCUUUCUUUCCCGAAGAGAUAAAGAUCAUAAACAUAUCAAAACAAAAAAAAAAAAUGAAAUAAAUGUUACAAUACUUGAAUCAAGAAGCGCCAAUAACAUAAUGUGAACACUUUUUUUGUGUGAGUGUGACUUCUGCACUUCUGAGGUAUUGAUGACAAGUUCAAAGUUCAGCAUUAGUUUAAAAUGUAAAACGAAAAAAGAAAAAAAAUGCAAAAAAAAAAAAAAACCAUCAUUAUACUGUGUGCUUGAAUGAUUGUGUGUGCGGGGUGUGCAUCCACACUCAAAUGACUGUGUUCACUGCGGGCUGAGGCCCAUCUUUAUUUUGUCAUCCAUUCAGUAUAUUGUAGUAUUGUGUCUGUUCUUUAUUAUUAUUUUUUUGUUUUGGCUUGUCAAAAACUAUAUUCUGAUGUUAUCUAACGUUGCACUGAGUGUCUUCUUCCCUCUCUCAGCUAAUCGUAGAGAACACGAGACUAAGUACUGGGGGGAGGCGAUGACAAUUCACGUGUUAAUGUUUACUCAAGGACUUAAUGAAAACAAGUUUUUUGUUCUAUCUGUAAAAUGUUUAACCUGUAAAAUGUUUAUCUACCUUAUAGUGGCUUUUAUUGUUGAAUAGCCCCUAACGAGGGUUAUCCAUUGAGUAUUGCACCAUUUUUGUUCAAAUUAUAAAACAUAAAAAUGUUUAAAAAGAACAAAAAAAGUUAAAAAAAUCAAUAAAAAAAUAUACAAAAAAAAAAAAAAAAAGACCUGAAAUGAUGAACUGUGGCCAUAGCUAGCUGUAGAGAGUCUAGAAAUCCCUAUGUUUAUGUCAUUGAUAUGUGGGCAGAGAUGUAGGCAAUGAGAGGUUCUGACCAACAGGACUCCGUUCAGUGGUGCCUCUGUUCUUGCAGAUGAUCGGGUUUUUUAUCGUAAAAAGCCACCUGUCGUUUACAAACAUUUCAUGUGUUUGAAGAUCACAAGAAAUAAAAUGAAUUUAUCAUGGGAAUGUUGAUUUACAAAAAUAAAUGUUUAAAGGACAAAGUUCAUCUUCCAUUUUAAAGAAAAAUGACAAAAAACUUUACAAAUUGAAGAUUUAUGCUACUUUCAGAACUCUGGGAUUGAUCAGUGUUUGUGUCGUACUUUUUUGCUUUGAAUUUGACUUUUGUUGAUGUAAACAGACUAUCUAAGCCUACGAUGUAUGUAUGUCUGUUUUCUUUUUUUUUUUGUAAUUUCAUUUAUGAUGUUUUUCUCUGUAAAAGCAACAUCAUUCUGUCACUAUCUUGCACACUCACAAUGGAUGUGGAUAUUUGUCUCAGGAAGGCCAGGGUUUCCAGAGUCCCAACUCCACUAUUUUAACAUUAAUUUUUACCAGAAAAAAUGGAAUUUUAGAAAAGUGGAAAAAAGAAAAAAUGAUACUAAAUGACAAAACCAACUCUAAGCACUGAAAGGUUAUGGAUUUUUGAAGAUGAACAUACCCUUUGUUUUUAAAAUCCGUAGCAGUUACACAUCUACCAAAUAAUAGACUUGUAAUGUCCUUUUUACUUUGUAAGUGGAGUGCUUUACUUUGAGAAGAAGAAUCUGUGUAGACAUUGCUUUCCAUUCAAACGCAGUUAUCAGUGAUUUUGAUUGUUGAAGAGGUGUAAGGACAUGCAGUUGUGCAUUUGAAACGUGCACUUUUUUUUUGUUUGUUUCUCUCGAAGGUCCUAUUAAAAAAAAAAAAAAUGGGGAUCAUUGUGCAUUACUCUCUCCUCUGCCAACUCUUCAGAUGGCAGAUAUUCAAUGAAAGAGAUUCUGUGGAACGUUUUUUGGAAGUUUCUGAGACAAGGUAGAGUAGGAGGCUAAGCUGGCUGUAAAGGAUCUUGAUCUAUGCACAAGUGGGAGAGGGAGGAAGUGUCCAGACCUGCUAUUUUUGGGGUGGGGGGUGGCUGUUUUGUUUUAUGAUGGGGAGGGGGGUAAUUUUAUUGUGCUCAAAUGUAGUAGCUUUUUUGUUUUGUUUUGUUUGUCUGUUCAUUUCCAUACUCCCCUCAGUAUCGUAUACAGAUAAGAGCUAUAGUGUCACCAUGUUUUAUUCUCUGAAGUCGUGAGCAUCUCCCUCUGCCAAACUGAGCACUGUGGGUUUUCUGGAAUAAUCCGUGAUUCUAGAGUCUGCUAACGAGGGAGAGGCAGUUUCUGGUAAAUGGAGUAAGGAGGCAGUUUGCUUUAUGCCUUUUUUUUUAGUUUGAGAAGAGAAUUCGAGGAACACGUCUGUACCCGAGAUUCAUAAAAAUACGUUGCUGGCUUUUAAAUGUUCUUAUUUUUUUGUUUCCUUUUUCUCCUCAUAGAAUGUGAUUGUCAAUGACUUGCACCGAAAUAUGUUUCCAUGUGCGGUGGAGAUUCUUUCGGCCUAUAUUAAUAAAUAAACUGCAAUUUUUCUCUUGGCUGUUGAAA